GGCGGGUUGUACUUCCUGUGUCUCCCUGCUCGGGGAUAGGCCUGGCGCUCGCUAUGAGCUUCUUGAAGCGCAUCCCGGAGCCGAGCGAGGCGAUCCGGCUGCGGCAACCCGAUACGGAGGCCGUGCUCGCGGGACGCGGCCUGGGCACCGGCAGCCUCUUCAUCGCGGAGAGUCGUCUGUCAUGGAUAGCAGAUUCAGGCCUUGGGUUCUCAUUGGACUAUCCCAUCAUAAGCUUACAUGCCAUCUCCAGGGACUUGAAUACCUACCCGUGGGAACAUUUGUACGUCAUGGUGAAUGCAAAGUUUGAAGAAGAAUCCAGAGAAAGUCCCAUUCCGGAGGAGGGAGAAGAGGAGAGUGACGAUGAGCUUGAACCCAUCUCGGAAUUCCGAUUUGUACCCGGCGACAAAUCAGCGUUGGAAGCCAUGUUCACUGCCAUGUGCGAAUGCCAGGCCCUGCACCCCGAUCCAGAGGACGAAGACUCCGACGGCAAUUACGAUGGCGAGGAAUAUGACGUCGAGGCUCACGAAAUUGGUCAAGGCGAUAUCCCGUCCUUCUACACGUACGAGGAAGGCUUGUCGCGUUUAACAGCAGAGGGUCAGGCGACUUUGGAAAGACUGGAGGGCAUGCUGGCCCAGUCCAUAAGCACUCAGUACCACAUGGCUGGGGUGCGAACGGAAGAUACUCUGAGGGACUUUGAAGAUGGAAUGGAAGUUGACGCGGCCCCAGUAGUUACGGGACAGUUUGAAGAUGCCGAUGUUGAUCAUUAAAGGAAGAUUCUCUUGGCCGCUUCAAAGCAAGAUUCCCCAAGACGGACCAGGUUACAAGAAUGAACAGAGUUCCUCUUAUUAGACCCAAACACGAAGACUGUAAAUGGUUUUGUAGCUGUGCUUAUAAAACAUGAUUUGACUUUUUUUUGCAUGCACAUAGAUGCAACACACACACACAGAGGAGGGGAAGUUAUAUCUUGGCUCUGAUUGGAGAAUUAAUUAUGGCUUGCAAUUGGAGAGCCCUUACACGAUAUAGUAGAGCAGGGAAGUCCAAUUUCAACAAAUUGUUAAGACGAGUGGACUUCAACUCCCAGAGUUCCCCAGCCAGCCUGACAUGCUGGGGAAUUCUGGGAGUCGAAAGUCCCAAAGUCUUAAAAUUCUGGGACUUGAAGUCCACAAAUCUUAAAAAGUUGCCAAGGUUGGACACGCUUGUAGGUACUAGAGGGUAAGGAAUAAAAUUGUAAUUUAGAACAGAAAUUCUACAGCAGUGUUUCUCAACCUUGGAAGCUUGAAGAUGGAUGGACUUCAACUCCCAGAAUCCCCCAGCCAGCGCUGCUGGCUGGGGGAUUCUGGGAGUUGAAGUCCAUCCAUCUUCAAGCUACCAAGGUUGAGAAACACUGUUCUAGAGGGUUCCAGGGGUCGUUCCCGUAUGUUUUAAUGCUUGUUUGUCUAUAGCCAGGUUCACACAAUAGGAAUCUUACUAUUCUAUUAUCAAAGGUGGCUAGAGUUAACAACAGAGGUAUAAAGUCGAGGAAAUUGCGGGGACCCUGCAAAGAAUUGACUCCCGUCUUCUCCGAGAAUCUCGUAUAUAAUGUUUCUAGGAGUCCGUUUUUGGCACCGAAGCAGACGGUUCUGCGCUCCAGAUUAAAAAAAAACCUUUUUGUUAUUUCUGCUAUAAAUGAAAAUGAUGUAGUUCAAUAAAGAUGAUUUUUGUAUCUUA